AUGGCGGCUGAACUAGUGGAGGCGAUGAACAUGGUGAAAAGUUUUCGGGUCUCAGACCUGCAAACGCUGCUCUCCUCAAUGGGGCGCAGUAAAAGUGGUCUGAAGCAGGACCUGGUUGGACGAGCGCUGAAGUUGGUGCAGACUGAAUACAGUCCAGAGCUCCUCAAGAACGUGAGGCAGCUCUAUGAGUCACGGUUCCCUAAAUCGUCUGGGUGGCUGGCAGCGCGACGUCCUGAGGGUGUUCCAGUAGCCUACGCUUCUCUCAACUCGUCCAACAAUCUCACCUCUCAGAGUGCAGACUACCUCAAUGGCAUCUCCAAAACAUUACCCACACCUGCAGCAGAAGUAAAGCUUGUGCCAUUGCCUUUCUAUCAAACUUUGGACACGUUACUAAGCCCCACAGAACUAAUUGCCCAUAAUAAUGAAAAACUGCAGGACAGUCCACACAUAUUUGAGUUAACACCCAAACAAGCGGACCAGAUUAGAAAUGCCAGUGAAAUUCGCCCUGGGAUUGGAUCGGUCCAAGUUGUGUUGAGAAUCUGCUACACAGACUCCAUUGGUGUUCAAGAGGACCAGUAUCCUCCUAACAUUGCUGUUAAAGUGAAUCAGUCCUAUUGUCAUGUGCCGGGCUAUUAUCCAUCAAACAAACCUGGUGUUGAGCCCCGUCGUCCCUGUCGUCCUGUAAAUAUCACUCCCUGGUUGCACCUCUCCAGUGCACCCAACAGAAUCACCGUCACAUGGGGAAACUUUGGAAAGCGUUACUCUGUGGCUGUUUAUCUUGUAAGAGUCUUCACUGCAGCAGACCUCUUCAACCAACUCAAGCUCUGCUCUGUGGAGAGUGCUGAUCGCUGUCGUGAACGCAUCCAAGAUAAACUACGCUUUGACCCGGAGAGUGAAAUUGCCACCACUGGUCUCCGUGUUUCACUUAUCUGCCCACUGGUGAAGAUGCGUCUUGGGGUGCCAUGUCGAGUCCUAACGUGUGCUCAUCUUCAGUGUUUUGAUGCGGUCUUCUUCCUGCAGAUGAAUGAGAAAAAACCCACCUGGACAUGUCCAGUGUGUGACAAACCUGCUCCUUAUGAGUUGCUCACUAUUGAUGGGCUGCUAUCCGAAAUUCUUAAAGAGACGCAUGAAGAUAUUGAGGAGAUCGAGUAUUUAACGGAUGGUUCUUGGCGACCAAUAAGAGAUGAAAAGGAGAGGGAUCGUGAACGUGAACGCAGCAACACACCUGAGUAUCCUGUUGUUGAUAUAUGCAUUCCUGAGGCAAACGGGCACUCACCAGCCCACAGCAGCACAAGUCUGACGGGCAAGUCCAGCAGCGGUUCAGUGGGGGGGUCUGGUGCUGCAGGAGCAGCUGUCCCACCAGGAGGAGGUGCAGUGGUAGACCUAACUCUGGACUCCUCCUCAGAGGAAGAGGGGGGAGGGGCUGGAGGAGACACCAAGUCUCCAGCAGCAGAACGGCUCCUGUUGCUUUUUCUCACUGAUAUGGCUCCCAAAAGAAGACCUGUACCCCUCAACAUAACGCCCAUUGGGGAGGGACAGACUACUUCAAUCACCUGUGAUGCUGCAUCUGAAGCAAACCUUGAGGCCUUACAAAAGAAACUGGGUGAGUUGGACCUGGAUGAACAACAGAAAAAACGCCUCGAAGCCUUUCUCACCCAGAAAGCCCAGGUUGGUGAGCUGAAGGAUGAAGACUUUGAUCCCAUUUGUGAGCUGGGUGCUGGGAACGGAGGAGUGGUCAACAAAGUUCGCCACAAGCCCUCGAGUCUAGUCAUGGCUAGAAAGCUCAUUCAUCUGGAAAUUAAGCCUGCCAUCAGGAACCAGAUCAUACGAGAGCUUCAGGUGCUGCAUGAGUGCAACUCCCCCUACAUCGUGGGCUUCUAUGGGGCUUUUUACAGCGACGGGGAGAUCAGCAUCUGCAUGGAGCAUAUGGAUGGAGGAUCCUUGGACCAGGUCUUAAAAGAGGCUCGACGAAUUCCAGAGGACAUUCUGGGAAAAGUUAGCAUAGCUGUUUUAAGAGGAUUGGCCUACCUGCGUGAGAAACACCAAAUCAUGCACAGAGAUGUCAAGCCCUCCAACAUCCUGGUAAACUCCCGUGGUGAGAUCAAGCUCUGUGACUUCGGUGUAAGCGGACAGCUCAUAGAUUCCAUGGCCAACUCCUUUGUCGGGACCCGUUCGUACAUGUCGCCGGAGAGACUGCAGGGAACUCACUACUCUGUUCAGUCUGACGUGUGGAGCAUGGGGCUGUCACUGGUGGAGUUGGCUAUCGGCCGUUACCCUAUCCCCCCACCAGACGCCAAAGAGCUGGAGGGUAUCUUUGGGCGGGCAGUUCUGGAUGGGGCAGAGGGAGAGGUUCACAACAUUCAGAGGCCCAGACCACCGGGCAGGCCUGUCAGCGGACAUGGGAUGGAUAGCAGACCCGCUAUGGCCAUAUUUGAACUACUGGAUUAUAUUGUGAAUGAGCCGCCCCCAAAACUGCCACUCGGAGUGUUUACAAAUGAUUUCCAGGAUUUUGUAACAAAGUGUUUAAUCAAAAACCCAGCUGAAAGGGCGGACCUGAAAAUGCUUAUGAAUCACACGUUCAUCAAGAGAUCAGAGGUGGAGGAGGUGGACUUCGCCGGCUGGUUAUGUCGCACCAUGGGCCUGAACCAGCCCAGCACUCCGACCCGUGGGACUGAGUGA